UCGCUGUGCAAGCCGGGAUGUUCCGGCCGGGCUGGGUUGAUUAGCGCAUGCGCGAGGGCCCUGACUCUCUUUCGGCGCGGUGCGAGCAGCGGGCAGGAUGGGUCACCAGCAGCUCUACUGGAGCCACCCCAGGAAGUUCGGCCAGGGCUCCCGCUCGUGCCGCGUGUGCUCGAACCGCCACGGCCUGAUCCGCAAGUACGGGCUGAACAUGUGCCGGCAGUGCUUCCGCCAGUACGCCAAGGACAUCGGCUUCAUCAAGUUGGACUAAACUCUUCUCAAGAAGAUGAGAUGUCACAAGGAGACUUCUGGACAUAAUUCUCUGCCUAAUUUGGAUAACCGGGUGCACUAAAUUUACAAAGUCUUUGCCAUGCUAUUUUGUGUAUAAAAUAAAAUGGCUUAACAGUCAAUUCUGCUUUGUUUAAUUUGUGGAUACUUGAAAUUUCAACUUCCAUUGUAAGGAGUUAAAUUUGCUUCACUGUAACCAAAGUGAAAUGAUUUUGUGUACUAUGCUCCUUUGUUAUACUGUUAUUGGAAUAUAAUAUUUCUUAAUGGGAGUGUUGUGCAAAGAAAUCCUCCAUCUUUACAGCCAACAUUGUAUGAAACACAGCUUAGUACACUUAAAGUACUAGACCUUAUUCUCUCAGAAAAAAGGAUUAAACUGUUAACACAA